AGAUAAACAUAAAACACGUCUUGAGGUCUGCUGCAUUAGAUUUAACUCGCCAGUCUCGCACGAACCUUCACAAACAACGCGCGUGCAUCCCAGUCACUCCCAGUCACUCUCAGUCUAUCUCUCCUCACACCAUAUCACUGGGAACACAAGAAGUCAAGAUGAGUUACAGCAAGGAGACGCAACAGGAAAGGCGGCGCUCUGUACAUCAUCUGGUGCUUGUGUUGCUGUCUCUCUGUCUCCAUAACACAGCGGCGACCCUUCAAGGCGGUACCUACUCCUACGACACUCUGACUGAGGUGGUGGACAUCCCAGGGGAGGGCGUGACGCGGCUGUGUGUGACGCCCCUGGAUGCCAACACGCGGAUCAAGGUGCGGCACACGGGGACGGAGGGCGCGAGGCAGGAGGUGCUGGUGAAGAAGAAGGCACUGGCGGUGGACACGUUGGCGGUAUUGGAGAUCGGCGUGGAGACAGGAGGCGGUGAUAAGGCUUCCCUCAACGUGUGGCUCAACGGGCGGAAACUACAGCCACCUGACAGUGACCCCCGCCCUACUAGCCCCACCCCACUACAACCCCGUACUACUCUGCUCCUGAAGGGAAAUGCCGAAAUCAGGAACUGCACGGAUGAAAAAAAAGAGACAAAGAAAACAGAGGAGAAAGAGAAGGUCGUUUUGGGCACUUCAGUAGAGAUGAUGAUGGUGACAGCGACGGAGGAAAGAACGGUGGGGGGAGAGGCAGGAGGAGUGACAGGGAAGCAAGAGGUGACACAGGCACAGACAGGAAAAGUGACAGAGGAACAAGCAGUGUCAUCACCCAAUGCUUCUCAGCCGCCUCCCAGCAGCGCCUCCACCAACGACACUCUUGAAACAGAAGGUCCAGACUUGGAGGAAGAGGAUCCGUGGUGGAGCUUCAUGCUGGUGCUGGGCAAGGUAGGGGAAGUGCCCGUGCUGGCGCUGUUGGUGGUGUGCCUGGUUGGGGGCGUGGUGGUGGGCGGCGUCACGGUGUGCCUUUGCUCCAAGGCGUGCAGCAAGCGUCGCGUGGAGUACCUGCCGGUGUCCACGGUAAGGACACACGCCGGACACCUGCCGGGCGACAUUGUGCGAGAGCCAAAGUUUUGGGACACGGCCAGCAACAAGCAGAGAAGCUCAGGCAUCGGCAGCGCCUACAGCACCCUCAACACUGACAGCGGCAGCCACAUGGGCACGACAAACAGUCGCGGCACUGGGUCGCGGCACGCCGGUAGUGCCAACAACUCCAUGGACCGCGGCGCCAAGAGCUCCACGCACAACGGAGUCAACAACCUUGGUCGCGGGGGAAAUGUCAGCCCCACCAACUCCAUCAACGGCAGCCGCAGCAACACCACCGCCAACGUGCUCAACAUUCCUCCCGGCAGCAUGCCACGCUCCGCCAGCGGCAGGAGCUGGGACAACAGGAGCGUGGAGCCCAGCCCGAGGCUCCAGGGCAACAGUGUGACGCGCACCCCGAGCAACAGAAGCACCAGAAGCACCGGCAGCUCCGUCAACCGCAACACAAACCGCAGCCCCAACAUCCCCUACACGCACAAGCUGGGCAUCCUGACGGGCCACCAGAACGUGCCCGUGCUGCAGAAACAUAACAACAACAGACAACAGGCCUCCGACGACGACUCGGACGACUCGUGGUACGACAAGCCCUACGUGAGUCCUCCGCUGCUGGCCGACAACUACUCCGUGCCGCACGUCACCUCCACGGAGCCCGUCUUGGUGGAGGUGCGCACCGCCGCCGCCUCCACAACCGACCCCAAUGCGCCCGAGGUCCCCAUGUUCCAGUUCGGGACCUUCAAGAAGUGAGGGCGAGCGGGACAACACAAUAUUGAGGAGUUGAUUUGUUUUUCAAGUCGGUCUGAACUGAUGUUCCUAGCAAGCGUGUCACGGAUCUGCUGGUGUGGAGAACGCUGCUAGUCAAUAGUGAUUCAUGAUUCUGAAGAGUGUGUGUGUGUGUGUGUGUGUGCGUGUAAGAGAACACAGCCUGGGAGUAUAGCAAACCCUGCUGCCCACCGACCGUGACAUAUAGGGAUGAAAACUCUACCGCUGAACGGAACAGAGUCAAGGAGUCCCUCAUAAUCCAAUAUUUAUUGUAUCGCCUUACGCUUCAUUCCUUCCGUGAGUCGCUGAGAGAUGACAGAAUACCCCACCACUGCCCCUUCCCCUCGCCCUUCACCUCGACAAACCACACCAUAACCCCUUCCCUUCACCCAACACACACCAUCAUUACUCCUACCCCUUCCUUCACCCUAACACAUAUUACCACUACCCCUUCCUUCACCCCAACACAUCUUACCAAUAACCCUUCCUUCACCCAACACACACCAUCACAACACCUACCCCUUCCUUCACCCAACACGUCCUACCACUAACCCUUCCCUUCACCCCAACACACCCUACCACUGCUCGUUCCCUUCACCCCAACACUCCCUCUUCACGCUAUCAACGCCACGAUAAGAUUGCCGCCUGCACGCUGCGCUGAGGAAAACAAAGGCACGACAAAGGAGGAACACCAUCAGACGUGUUGGCCCUUACGAGAUUCAUGAUAAGCUGUGCUAUCUAAUCUGUAUGAUGACGUGUUUACCUGAAAUAAUUAUAAAAAAAUAAUCGCUAUCCUUCAGUGCUUCCGACAUUUUGCAGUUUUUUCUUUACAAGUUUCUUAAAGUUAAAAAAAAAAAGUUAUAUUCUUCUUUGUCUUAUUUUCAGUGAUUUUUUUCUUUUUAUCUUUUUUGUAGCCCUUGUCCAGAACUCCUUUCACAUAAUAAAAUGAAUAUUACUCGUGUUCUUCAGAAGUAAUUGCCUAAGCGAAGAGUCAGGUUUAAAUAAGGAGGAGCGAAGCUAAACGAGAAAGAAAGAAAGAAACGUACAUCUAUAUAUUCUCGUUUCGCUACAAAACACAUUCUUUUAUCCGACAAACAAUCUGACAGUCCAAGUCAAUUGAGGUCAUUUUAUGUGUUGAAAGAGAGAAAGAAGAAGAAAGUUAAGUACUGUAAUUCAUUUUUUUUUUCUGCUACAAAAGGCAUUCUCGUAUCUGACGAACAAUUGUACAGAUUGAUUCAACCCAAGUUUAUUUUAUGUGUUAAAAGAAAGAAGAAAAGUACAGCUAUUCAUUAUCAAUUCGCUAUAAAAUACAUUCUCCAAUCGAACAAACAAUCCCGAGUCAACUAAUGUGUUCUUCAGUGCACCUGUACCAACCCUCCUUAUACGCAGUCAGUCACUUUGUACCGAAAAUAAUACAUAAAUGUUCAUGUAUAAUAUUAUUAAAAACGAUAUUUAUAUUUUUGUA